UUACUGUUAAAGAACAAAAAACAGUCUCAGCGGUUGAAACUAAAACAAAGGAGAUAAAAAAAACAAUAGUUUAAUUAAUUUAAUGUGUAACCACUGACAGUUAAUAUAAGGUCGUAGCCUCUUUUAGGGAGCGUUUGUACACAUGCGCAUUGUGCAGCAAACCAACAUUAGUUGGCGCCAAGUAUUUUAAUUUCGGGCUCGGAACCGAGGAAGACAGCAGCAGACACAACCAUGAGUAGACGAAGUGGUCGCCUGCAGAAAAGAUCUGAAAAUGCUCCAGGGCACCAAAUCAAAGUAACUAAGCAAAGCAACAGAUUUGUAAAGCCCCUGUCGAAGCUGCAGUGUGAGGAGAACCAUCUGGAAAGUGUCGCCAAGCCUUGUAUUCUCAUCGCGGCUUCUGAGAAGGGAGUCAGGGUCGACUGUGAUGAAGUUCUCAUUUCAGGAGAUUCCUUGGUUCGGCCAUCACCUCUGCCUCAUCUUGGGUGGGGAUCUGCUGAAGACGUGUGGGUGAAGAUGGUCUGCAAGGAGCAGAAUUACAGACACAGCAAGAGCUUCAUACAGAAACACCCGAGAAUACAACCCAGAAUGAGAUCAAUCCUCCUCGACUGGUUAAUUGAGGUGAGUGAGGCCUAUACUCUUCAUCGGCAGACAUUCUACCUGGCACAGGACUACUUUGACCGGUUCAUGUUGACCCAGAACAACAUUGAAAAGGGCAUGCUGCAGCUCAUCGGGAUAACUUGUCUUUUUAUAGCAUCAAAGAUGGAGGAAGCCUGUCCUCCAAAGCUCUCACAGAUGGCCUAUGUGACUGCAGGGACCUACUAUGAAGACGAGAUUCUUCAGAUGGAGCUAAUUAUUUUAAAGGCGUUGCGUUGGAACCUUUGUCCCGAAACAGCCGUGUCUUGGCUGAAGCUUUACUUCCAGAUGGCAUCGAUGAACACCAACUCUGACCUGCUGGAGUCGCAGUUUCCACACGACGCUUACGUACAAAUGACACGUCUUUUAGACCUGUGUAUCCUCGACAUAAACUCUCUGGACUUCCAGUAUCGAGUGUUGGCUGCCUCGGUCCUGUCCCAUUUCAUUCAACCGGAAACAGUUGAAAAGGUUUCAGGUCUGUCGAAAGACGCCACCCAGUUGUGUGUGAACUGGAUGGCUCCCUAUGUUGAAUCCAUGAGCUGGUUUGGCAGAGUGACACUGAAGGAUUUUGCCAAAAUAAAGACUGAAGACAGGCACAACAUCCAGACGCACACAGACUACAUGACCAUGCUGGAUUACGCCAGUAAAAAGGAAGUGAACAGCCAGUUCCUCACUCCUCCCAACAGCACAGGGAAAACCUAUAUACACUGAACUACAAGGAGAAGACACUGAAGUGAGUGUAGACAAAGAGGACACGGGUUUAAGGUCCCGCAAAGACCUGUUUACUGGAGACGGCUCGAGUCUGGAUGGGAGUUUCAGUUUGUCACUGAAUGCAUUACCCAGGCUAAUGGGCCUGUAUUUUAAAGACUCUUAGCCAAAGCUUUUUGUUAUUGAUUUUUAGCAACAAGGUGCUUUUUAAUUCAGAAAAGAAAUGUUUUUUAAAAAAGUGUCAAUGUUUGCUGUAAGCGUCAUUUCUAGGAAAUUAUGUUCUAUUAAUGAAAGUGAUGUGCAAUUAUUUACAUCUGUAGCAUAUUUAAUAUGUACAGUCAGCAGAUAAAAUCUUUUAAACACUGCUUCAGGAUCAGUUGAAUUGCUGUUUGAGUGGACUGCUGUCGGCUGAUCUCCAAAAGAAAACCUGGAAACCCUCCUGUUCAGGACGAGUAUACACUUUCGUGAACCCUGAUGAAAGCCAUGCGUCAGAAUGGAAAGUGCACACUCUUCAGUUCAUGAGUCAGUUAUCUUUACAAUGCUGUUGUAACCAAGCUAUUGUUUCACUCAGGGUAAUGGAUAGUCAGUGUUUUUUUUUUUUUUCUUUUUUAUUUAUUUUCUUUUAAGAAUUCAUUCGAAGUGAUUCCAAGUGUACA